AGGGGGGAUUCGAAGAGAGAGAGAGAGGGAGAGAGAGAGCGAAUUUAGAUUCGGUGCGGUGAAGCAGAAGAGAAAUUUUGAGCAGGAAUACUUAGAACACAAAAUCAAACAGAAGACAAGACGAGUGUCGUCAGUUCUGUGGUAAUGCCAAGUUAGUAUAUUGGUUUGGAGAGUAAACAGUAGUGCAGUGCAGUAACUGGGGCUGGUGCUGGUAGAGGCAAAGGGAUUGAUCAAUUUUUGAAGGGAAGGCAAAGGGAUGGGAUGGGGCAUGGUGAUAUGCGAGGGAGUAGUGGCGGUUGGAUCGUUGGUGCUGUUGGGGUGGGCUGGACUGUGGUUCCUGAACCGCCGGCUGUACAAGGAGUACGAAGAGAAGAGGACAUUGGUUCAGAUCAUUUUCAGCGUGGUCUUUGCCUUCUCCUGUAAUCUCUUUCAGCUCGUCCUCUUCGAGAUCAUUCCCCUUCUAUCUAGGGAGGCCAGGUGGAUCAAUUGGAAGGUUGACUUGUUUUGCUUGAUCAUGUUACUGGUUUUCAUGCUACCUUAUUAUCAUUGUUAUUUGAUGCUUUGCAACAAUGGUUUGAGAAAGGAACGGGCUGCACUUGGUGCAAUCUUAUUCUUGUUUGCUUUCCUCUAUGCUUUUUGGCGCAUGGGCAUCCACUUUCCUAUGCCUUCACCUGAUAAAGGUUUCUUCACCAUGCCUCAGCUGGUGAGUAGAAUUGGGGUAAUUGGUGUCACUGUUAUGGCUGUCCUUUCUGGUUUUGGAGCUGUAAACUUGCCAUACAGUUAUUUGUCUCUCUUCAUUAGAGAGAUUGAGGAAUCAGAGAUUAAGGCUCUGGAAAGACAACUUAUGCAGUCAAUUGAGACUUGCAUUGCAAAGAAAAAGAAGAUUAUUCUCUGUCAAAUGGAGAUGGAAAGAAUACAAGGGUCAGAAGAGAAAUUAAAGGCUAGAUCCAUCCUAAAGAGAAUUGUGGGAACAGUUGUUCGAUCAGUUCAAGAAGACCAAACAGAACAAGAUAUCAAAGGCAUGGAAGCAGAAGUACAAGCCCUGGAAGAGCUCUCAAAACAGCUGUUUUUGGAAAUCUAUGAGCUUCGUCAAGCUAAGGAGGCUGCUGCUUAUUCUCGAACAUGGAAGGGUCACAUGCAGAACCUUUUGGGCUAUGCAUUGUCGGUGUAUUGUGUGUAUAAAAUGAUAAAGUCCUUGCAAAGUGUUGUCUUCAAGGAGGCUGGUUCGAUUGAUCCUGUGACCUUGACAAUCAGCAUAUUUCUACAGUAUUUUGAUAUAGGUAUCAAUGCCACAUUAUUAUCUCAGUACAUAUCGUUAUUGUUCAUAGGAAUGUUGAUCGUAAUAUCAGUACGGGGAUUCCUAACUAACUUGAUGAAGUUCUUCUUUGCGGUUUCUAGAGUUGGGAGUGGAUCAUCAAGCAAUGUUGUACUCUUCCUAUCAGAAAUUAUGGGAAUGUAUUUUGUGUCUUCAAUUCUUUUGAUAAGAAAAAGCCUUGCAACUGAAUACAGGACAAUUAUUACCGACAUUUUGGGUGGUGACAUUCAAUUUGACUUUUACCACCGGUGGUUCGAUGCUAUAUUUGUGGCCAGCGCAUUCCUUUCAUUGCUUCUGCUUUCAGCUCAUUAUACAUCUCGUCAGGCUGAUAAGCACCCAAUUGAUUAACGUGCUUCAUAGUCUUCUGCAGCUUUUGUGUGGCCGAAUCACGAACUCUUGACAAUAUUUGUACUAGUGGUGCUGUAUUUCCCUAUUUUCAGAACGGUGCUAUUUUCAUUGAAAUAUGUGUGGCUUGCGUUUGAAACUCGGUACUUCCUGAGGCUGCAUAUCCAACUCCAUGAACUGGUAUUUUAUUUUAUUUCAGAUUAAUGUAAUUAGAAGAAUAUACGGCUAUCAACUGCACAUACAGAAAAUAUGUAAAAUAUGCAUUUGUCCAAAAGCAACAAACGUUUUAGUAA